AUGGCGCUGCGAAUAACGACAUGGAAUGUCAACGGUAUACGCAAUCCAUUUGGUUACCAACCAUGGCGAGACAAAAGAUCGUUCGAGGCAAUGUUCGACAUCCUAGAAGCAGACAUAAUCUGCUUUCAGGAGACCAAAAUACAACGCAAAGACCUCCGAGAUGACAUGGUACUUGUGCCUGGAUUUGAUUGCUAUUGGAGCUUGCCACGGUACAAGAAAGGUUAUUCUGGUGUGGUUAUCUAUACUCGAAAUUCCAAGUGCGCACCAGUACGGGCAGAAGAAGGUAUAGCUGGAGGCCUCUGUCCACCGAACAGUACCACACCAUUUCGCGAUCUACUAGAAGAGGAGCAGAUUGGUGGAUAUCCAACCAUGGAACAGUUGUCUGAGACUGAAUUUGACGCAGCUACCCUCGACGCAGAAGGUCGUUGUGUCAUCCUUGAAUUUCCGGCUUUCGUCCUAAUUGGAACCUAUUGUCCAGCUGAGCGAGAUGAAACCCGAACCCAUUUCCGAACUGCCUUCCUCAAAGUGCUUGAUGCAAGGAUCAGGAACCUGGCUAAGAUGGGGAAAAGAGUUGUGUGGGUAGGAGAUCUGAAUAUUUCACGAGAAGAGAUUGAUACAGCGAUGGCAGAAGAGUCGCAGCGAAAAAACGAGGUUGACCAUGUAGGAUGGAUGUCGUCUCCUGCUAGACGUCUGUUUAAUCAACUGCUGGUAGAAGGCAAGGUCUAUGGAGAAAGAGACGAAGGACGAGAAGAACAGAUCUUGUGGGACGUUUGUCGUGACUUUCAUCCAGGAAGAAAGGGCAUGUAUACGUGCUGGGAGACAAAGGUCAAUGCUCGACCUGGUAACUACGGUGCAAGAAUCGAUUAUGUGGUCUGCAGCCACGACAUGAAAGAAUGGUGGAGUGAUUCGAAUAUUCAGGAAGGAUUGAUGGGUUCAGAUCAUUGUCCAGUCUAUGCAGUGUUCAAGGAUAAAGUGACUAUACAAGGCGAAGAGAAACACAUAUUAGAUCUGGUAAAUCCGCCUGGCAUGUUCGAAAAUGGUAUCCGAAAGGUGCCAUGGUCCACGAAAAAUCUGCUGCCAAUGUCGGGAAAGCUUAUUGAAGAAUUUGACGGAAGACGUAACAUCAAGGACAUGUUCACGAAGAGAUGGUCGGCAACUCCACUUGUGAGCUCUACUCCUCCAGCCCCUUCGAAGGAGAGCCUAUCGCCAGUCAGGGCACCGUUGCUUGCGAGUCCGAUCCCGAACGCCACCAAUGUUUCCGGUUCUCAAAUUAUUGCAGCUCAAACAAGCAAACAGAGUGUUUCAAAAUCCAAUGGUCUGAAGCGGAGUUUCUCCUCUACUAAUCCUGGUCCUGCUGCGAAGAAGACGAAGCCUGAAGCAAGUAUUUCGAAGGGACAGAAGAGCCUCAAAGGUUUUUUCACAACACAAGCCCCGAAGUUGGAGGCACCUCUACAAUCUCCCGUUUCAUCUCCCGAAAAAGAACAGACUGCAACAGCGUUGCUCCCAGUACCAACGCCGUCUCCAGCCAGAACAGAGCGAUCAGUAGAGGAUGAACUCGCUGCAAGCUUUGAAGCCAAGAAGAGCUGGGAUAAACUGUUUGCAAGGCCUGUUGCGCCUAAAUGUGAGCAUGACGAGCCAUGCAAAACCAUGCUCACCAAAAAGCCGGGUGUGAACUGUGGUCGCUCGUUCUGGAUGUGUAAUCGACCCCUCGGUCCGAGCGGAUCGAAAGAACGUGGUACACAAUGGAGGUGUUGCACCUUCAUCUGGGCCAGUGAUUGGGACACAAGACAAGAGCCUCGAUGA